AUGGGAGACGACAGGCUCUCCUCUCAAAAUCCGGCUCCGAACCAAGCACCAAACAAACGCAAAGGCUCUCCACCACUUCCAAGAGAUCUCUCCCUUCCCGCCAUCGUGAACUCGGGUGAUCGGGCGCAGCAGGCGCUUGUAGUCCGAAAUGAAUCUCCGUGGGGCACCUUCAGCAGAGUCUAG